AUGGUUUUAAAGAAAGUAUUUAUUACCGGAGCUACUGGUUAUAUUGGAGGUGAAGUGCUAUACCAGGUUUUGAACAAUAAAAAGUAUGAUUUCGAAAUUCGUGCCUUAGUUCGUACGCCAGAAAAAGGUAUUAUAUUGCAGAGUAAAACUAACGACAAGGUGAUUCCUAUCUUAGGAACCCUCGACAAUAGUGAAAUACUAGAAAAGCAGGCAAACGAGUGUGACAUAAUCAUCAAUACGGCAGAUGUUGAUCAUGUACCCUCAGCCCAAGUGUUCUACGACACCUUGGUUAAAAAAUCUAAACCCACUAUCUUUAUUCAUACAUCUGGAACAUCUGUUCUUGGUGACGGUCUUGCUAAAGAUAAGAAACCUAGCACGAAAGUUUAUUCUGACGCGAAGAACAUCGAUGAAAUUAACUCUUUAGAUUCAAAGCAGCCACACCGCCCCGUUGAUGAGAUAAUUUUGAGUAUCCAAGAAAAUAAUCCCACAAUUGACACGGUUAUCGUGGCACCAUCUAACAUAGUGGGAAAGAGCGAUGGUUAUGAUAGAAUCGUAUCAAUACAAAUUCCGUAUUUGGUGGAGCUUAGUGUGAAAAAGGGUCAAGCAUUUAGUGUUUAUGAUGGAAAGUAUAUUUGGAGCCAUAUUCAUAUCAAAGACUUGGGUGAUUUAUAUUCUCUCUUGCUUAACAAACUAUUACAAGGAGAAAGCGUUCCUAAAGGGAAAGAAGGGUAUUAUUUUGGUUCUUACUUUCUUUCUAAUGAAGAACCAGUUAGUGAGCAGCCUUCGGAAGUUGAACAUUAUUGGGCAGAUGUAUCUUCUGCCGUUGGUGAAUAUCUUUUCAAAAAUAACAUUAUUGAGACGCCCAAGAUCGCUCACUUAGACCCUACUGAGAUAAGGAAGAUCGCAAGUUUUGAUUUUGCACCAUCGCUAUGGGGUACGAAUUCCAGAAGUAGGGGUGACAAUGGUCACAAAAUAGGAUGGAAACCUAAAUAUCCAAAACUUGAUGACUUUUGGAAAACAAUUCCUGAAGAUAUCGACUAUAUGAUCAAAACUAAAAUGAUUACAAAAGCAACUCUUUAA